GCCGGCUAUAAGCCCGGGAGCUGUCCGGGUGCUGAAGCGGCCCAGGACGCUCACGCCACGGACCCGAGCAUCCUGGAGACCUUCUCUGCAUCCGAAGAUCCAGGACACCUUUAAAACAUGGCCGAAGCUAAAAUCCACUGGCGGGCAGCAGCUCUGUCUCUUGUAUUUCUCGUUUUCCUGAUCUCUGGAACCGAAGCAGCAUCAUUUCAACGAAACCAGCUGGCUCAGAAAGAACCAGACCUCCGUCUGGAAAACAACCAAAGGUUUUCCAGUCCAGAAAUGAUCAGGGCUUUAGAGUACAUAGAGAAACUCCGGCAACAAGCUCACAAAGAAGAAAGCAGCCCAGACUACAACCCGUACCAAGGUAUUCCCGCUCUCCUUCAACCCAAAGAAAGUGGUGAUGAAAGUCACUUCCCAGACAGCUCCAGGGAUUCACUGAGUGAGGAUGAGUGGAUGAGGAUCAUACUGGAAGCGCUGAGACAGGCUGAAAGUGAACCUCAGUCAGCACCAAAAGAAAACAAGCUGUAUGCCCUGAAUUCAGACAAGAACUUUCUAGCUGACAUGCCUGACGAUUAUGAGACACAACAGUGGCCAGAGAGGAAGCUCACGCAUAUGCGAUUCCCUCCCAUGUAUGAAGAGAAUUCCAGGGACAACCCCUUCAAGCGCACAAAUGAAAUAGUAGAGGAACAAUACACGCCUCAGAGUCUUGCCACGCUGGAGUCUGUGUUCCAAGAGUUGGGGAAGCUGACAGGACCUAACAGCCAGAAGCGUGAGAGAGUCGAUGAGGAUCAGAAACUUUACACAGAUGACGAUGAUGACAUGUAUAAGGCCAACAACAUUGCCUAUGAAGAUGUAGUUGGGGGAGAAGAUUGGAGCCCCAUAGAGGAGAAAAUGGAGAGUCGAACCCAGGAAGAAGUGAGGGACAACAAAGAGAACACGGAAAAAGAUGAACAGAUCAAUGAUGAGAUGAAACGUUCAGUGCCCCUGGGGCUCCAGGAUGAGGAUCUCCAUAAAGAAGGGAAAGAGCAGUUCUCAGAAGAUGUGUCCAAAGUGAUGGCCUAUCUGAGAAGGUUAGUGACUGCUGCUGGGGGUGGGAGGUCACAGAAUGGACAGAAUGGGCAGAAUGGCGAGAGGGCAAUCAGGCUUUUUGAGAAACCCCUGGAUUCUCAGUCCAUUUAUCAGCUGAUUGAAAUCUCUAGGAAUUUGCAGAUACCCCCUGAGGACUUAAUUGAUAUGCUCAAAAGUUGGGAAAAGCCAAGUGGGUUGGUGGAGCAGGAACAGGAUCUUGACCUACCUAUGGACUUGGAUGACAUCUCGGAGGCUGACUUAGACCGUCCAGAUGUGUUCCAAAGUCAGAUGCUUUCUAAGAGUGGCUACCCCAAAGCACCUGGUCAUGCUAUGACCGACAGCCUGCCAGAUGGGCUCAGCGUUGAGGACAUUUUAAAUCUUCUAGGCAUGGAGGGUGCAGCAAACCAGAAAACUCCUUUUUUUCCCAAUCAGUAUAAUCGAGAGCAGUUGCUGCAGAGGCUUCCCUAUGGUUUUGGAAGGUCUAGAAUGAAUCUGCCUCCCAAGUCUGCCUGGGGGCCAGAUGCUGAAAACAGACAAGUGGCUUAUGAGAAUCUGAAUGACAAGGAUCAAGAUUUAGGAGAGUACUUGGCCAGGAUGCUGGUUAAAUACCCCGAGAUCAUGAAUUCAAACCAGAUGAAGCGAGUUGCCAAUCAAGGCUCAUCUGAAGGUGACGUCCAAGAAGAGGAUCACAUUGAGCAGGCCGUAAAGGAGCGUUUGAAUCAAGGCGGCUCUCAGGAGACUGACAAAGUGACUCCGGCUAGCAAAAGGUUCCCUGCAGGGCCCCUGAAAAAUGAUGAUACUUCAACUAGACAGUACUCGGAUGAAGAUCUGCUAAUGAAAGUGCUGGAAUACCUCAACCAAGAAAAGGUAGAGAAGGGAAAGGAGCAUAUUGCUAAGAGAGCAAUGGAAAAUAUGUAAGCUGCUUUGAUCGAUGGUCCUCCUUGCGUUCCUCCCAUCCCAAGCAGACCCCACUGUUUCUCUUUAGUGUGUUGACUUCUAUCCUGUUAACACUGUAUUAUCUUUCAAUGAUGUACAGGCAGGUCACUCCAGUCACUGGGGAAUCUGCUCUACUUACUCUGAGCUGUUCUCUUAUGUAUGGAUAUGUGUAAAUGUUAUGAUUCAUGGCUAAAAAAUUAUUAUGUCCCUUAUCAAGAAAGAUAUAUAUGAUAGUGUUUGAUAUCGUGUCUAAUGGUUGUGGCAUUGUUGAUGAUCUUGUAUGAUAAAGGAUGUCCUAUAAUUCUCUUGAAAGUUUUUAAUAUUUAUUGAAUUAUUUUGUUACUGUCUGUAGUGUUUUGUGGCAUAUUGGAGCAUAAGAAAUAAAGCAUUAUUAAAUAUAUAGUUUUAUUUAUAAGGCCUUUUCUAUUGUGU